UCCGGGUUUGAAACGCGCGGCGGGCCGGCCCGGCCGGGGCGGCUUCUGUUGUGUGGGCCCCUCAAGCAGCGGCGCGGAGCGGGCCGGCGGCGGAUCGCAGCACCAUGUCACCGGGCAGCGGGGUCAAGAGCGAGUACAGGAAGCACUACCGGGAGCCGCGCUGGGACGAGUACGCGCCGUGCUACCGSGAGCUGCUGCGCUACCGCCUGGGCCGCCGGCUGCUGGAGCAGGCGCACGCGCCCUGGCUCUGGGACGCCUGGGGCCCGGACUGCGCCUCGGACGACUCGGCCUCGUCGGCAGCGUCGGGCCCCGCGCCCCGGUGCGCGCUUGCUGACCCCGAGGAGGCCUCGGAGGUCUCGGAGCCCGCGGAGGCCUCGGAGCGUGAGGAGCCCGAGCGGCCUGCUGGGGAGCAGGGCGCGGAGGCCGGGGACGAGCAGGACGCGGCGCAGCCAGCACUGCCAGUGAAAGAUGUAGAAGAAAAAUCCGAACAACAAACCAGAGUGAAGGAGACGGACAAGUUACCUGCCGGUGUCAAACCCCGACAGCAACCAAGUGCCUUAUUUGCUAGAGGAAGUAGGAAAGCGGUCAGAAGCCCCCAAAGAUCGUCCAGUAAAAUAAAAGAAAACAAGCACCCAUUUGCUCUUUACGGCUGGGGAGAGAGACAGACAGACACCGGAAGCCAGAAGACCCACAACGUCUGUGCCUCUGCCUCGGUGCAUGAGAUUCACGAGUCGGCGCUACGGGCCAGGAGCAGAAGGCAGGAGGAGAAGAGGAAGCUGGCUGCUCAGCGGCAGCGUGCGCACUCGGUGGAGGUGGAUAUCGAAGAUCUCCAUGAUGAAACAUGGAGGAAGACCAGUGCGCCAAAAGGAGAACCAAAGCUUCCCUGA